AUGUCGAUACGCGCUCUCACUUCCCGAGAGCUGUCUGCACUGCGUCGCUUCGCAGCUCGGGCUGGACCUUCCACUGCGCGCCUCGCUUUCCGUGCCUUCUCAGCGAGUCGCUGCCGAUCGGACAUAGCCUCGGAGCUAGAAAAGCAGCUCAAUCCGCGGGAGCUCAUCGAGAAGAAGCGAAAGCUGUAUGAGGAGAAGUAUGGUGACAAGCUCAAGAAGCGGGUGGAGCAGGCAGGGGUGUCUGAUCUCGAAGCGCUCAAGGUCAAGGUGAUGGCGCCCUCUGUACGGAGUGCGUUGAAAGCGGGACGGAUACCUCCGCAGGUGGUGCAGCAGGUGGAACAGCAGCACAAGGCCAGUGCGAGCUAUUCUGACUCGGUUGAUCGGAGUCGACCUGCGCGGACCGUCAAGCCAGAAGAGGCGAACAAGCUUGGUAUCAAGCCCCUGUCUUCUAUCCUCAACCUUCCCCUACUCCACCUCACUCCCCACACUUCCGACGCCAUCUCCAAAAUAUGGACGGCAUACCAUACCGCUCAUCCCUCCCUCUCCGGCUCCUUCCUCUCCGCCAGCCUCUCCUCAUCCACCUACACCUCCAUGAUCUCCCUCGCACAGGAAAACCCCUUCUUCGUCCUCCCCUUGCCCCGCGAUGCUGCCGAGUCGGCAGACGGCAAAGUCAGGACGGACGAGUACGAGAUGUUCUACCUCCAAUGGCUGUUCCACCCUACCCCCUCGACCGCUCCCCCUACUCCUGGAUCCGACCAGACUCCCCUCCCUCCUACCACCAGCAUCAUCUUCACCCCGCUAGAGGAGUACAAGCGCGCUGGAGAAUGGGCAAGCCCAUUCCUCGUUCUCAGCCACUAUCCCGAUCUCGCCCAAUCCCACGACGUCGUCCUGAUGCGCGGAGAAAUCACCGCUCAGUCAGCUACCGGGCCUCCGGGUUCCCUCGUGAACCCCGGUUGGCUGCUCAGUCAGCAACAGGCCCAGCUGUUGGCACUCGCGCUGCAGCGGUUCUAUUGCGCCAAUGUGAUUCCGAGGAAUGAGACGGCCAAGGCGAGCCUGGAGAGGGAGCAGAGGAAGACGGCGUUGAGAGAGUUCAGGACAAAACCAGAGGAGUGGGACUGGACGAAACUCGUGGAUAUGUCAUAUGGGGGAAUGGUAUGA